GUUGUGUGUGAUGUUGAUAACACCCAAAUGAUGAUGUAUAUACUUCAGCAAUGGACCCUAGACAAGGGAAUGGUGACAAGAAUGAUUGAGGAUCAUUCAAUUUAUUGCUCACUUCCCCCCUGCGGCCUCAAUCCAUUGAAAGAAUUAUGAGCCUAAGGCACGAAACAGCAACGGAUUCACCACCCAUCCUCAAUGAACAGAUGGUAUAUAAGAAAACAGAAGAGGCAAUGUCCCAUAUUCACCAUUUCUGUGGCAGUGAAUUCCUUUUCUUCUGGUCUCGCUCAUUUAUUGUCUCGUUUGUCGAGGUGCUGUCUUAUAGUUGACCUGCUGCCAGGCACCGCGGGAAGGAAGACUUUUUUUCUCCCCGCACUAACCGUUGUUAGCAUAUCUCACUUUUUUUUUUUUUUUUUUUUUUUGUCUCUCUCACUUCCAUCCACUACUGCGAUUUCAAUUUUGCUCAACCACUCUUUUUUCCGGUUUCAUUUCGAAUCAACAAUACUAUUUUCCUCUUGCAACCAAAAGGCUUUUCCUAAUUCAAAUUCAAAAUGGACUACCAGAACGGAGGCCGUGGAUGCUUCAACUGCGGUGAUGCAUCUCACCAGGCUCGUGACUGCCCCAAGAAGGGAACUCCUACUUGGCCGAGAAUGCACCAUAGCUCCGAAGGAGAAGUCUUGCUACCGUUGCGGCGUCAGUGGUCACAUUUCUCGCGAAUGCCCUCAGCCUGGUUCGGCCGAUGGCUACGGAGGCGGAGGUGCUGCCGGUGGCCAGGAAUGUUACAAGUGCGGUCAGGUUGGACAUAUUGCUCGCAGCUGUUCCCAGGGUGGCAGCUACGGAGGCGGGUUCGGUGGUGGAUACGGCGGUAGGCAACAGACCUGCUAUUCUUGUGGCGGAUUCGGCCACAUGGCCCGCGAUUGCACUCAAGGCCAGAAGUGCUACAACUGUGGUGAGAUCGGCCAUUGCAAGGAGGCCGGACACGUUCAGGCUGCCUGCCCCAACUAAGUCAACGUAAUCUUGAAUCGAUCGCCUUCUCUAUCGCGCUAGUGCACGAAUAGCCAGGCCAGGAGGAACUCUUUGCCGUGUUAUCGGCAGCGAUUUGGAGUUCUUUCCCAAUCUCUGAUUAAAUCGUGCCUUGGCUCACAAGGCCUGUUCCGAAUGGCCUUCUUUUCGUUUUACUCUGCGGUUCCACCGAUGUCCCAUUGAUAUCGAGAUCUCCGUCAUUGAAAUCGCAGUCUCCUAUCUUCCGAUUCCGAGCGUGGGCAGGAAGAUAUAUUUCAGAAGCAGACAGACGGUCUGGAUGGCAAGCGUGAUGAAAAUUUACUUUACGCGAUACAAAAACAAAAGUGCAGUUAUUCUAACAUUAAUAUAAAAUUUAAAAAAAAAAAUGAAGCCUUCCAUUACGUUCUUUCCGUUGCAAUUGCAUAUUUACAGUGCUUGGUCGCGCUAGAUUCUACAAGUCAAGGCUUAUUGUG